AUGGCAGAGCGCGCACUUGAACUUCUUGCACUGCCGAACGAUCAGCCGGCUUUGUUGCUAGAUAUUGGAUGUGGCUCUGGGUUGAGUGGAGAUGUGCUUUCGGAUGCUGGCCACGAAUGGAUAGGGAUUGAUGUCAGUAAUGCCAUGCUCAAAGUUGCUCAGGAUGAUCGCGAAGUAACAGGAGAUCUUCUGCUGGGCAAUAUGGGUCAUGGACUUUCUUUUAGGGCCGGUGCUUUUGAUGGAGCCAUUAGCAUAUCAGCUAUACAAUGGUUAUGCCAUGCUAACUCCCGUGAUGAAAAUCCCCAUAAAAGACUACUGCGUUUUUUUCAGUCCCUCUAUGCUUGUCUAGGUCGUGGUGCUCGGGCAGUGUUCCAAUUCUAUCCGGAAAAUGAUGGCCAGAGCAAUUUGAUUUCUGACCAGGCAGCUAAGGCGGCUUUCUUUGAAUGUUUGAAAGAUGUAUCGACACUUAUUUUUUUUAGGAUUUAUUUAGUCUUAAUGACAGGAGGCGUAAGGCAGCUGCCAAGAGCACUCACGGGGGCAGAAGAAGACGGUAAAUGCAUUUCGAACGUUGGAAGGAGAAAUUUCAAUAUUUUGAGAAGGGCUAAGGAGAAACCUAGGAAAGGCAGUAAAGCUUGGAUUGAAAUGAAGAAGGAAAGAGCAAGGAAGAAGGGAAAAGAUGUUCGCGAGACUUCGAAGUACAGUGGCCGCAAACGACGGAGGCUUUUUUGA